AUGGCCUCGCAUUGUGAUGAGGACACCUCCAAUGCCCCUCCCACACAUGUGUCGUGGUCGGACGGGCGGAUAUGGAUCUUAGACUACCACACGCCUAGUACGGUACCUACCACACCCACUCCGUCGGCUGUGGACGGUCAGAUGAAUGGGGAUGGCCUCUCCACGACGACUUCUGUUGCGGCUGAGACAGAGACUGGUACUAGCACAUACGGGGCGGUGCACGCACAUGCAUAUGCGUCUGUGCAUGUCCCUGCAGCCUCUACCACUGCACAUAGUAACAGAGGCGACAAAGAAGCACAGACCGAGACAGUGGACUUUAGUACAGCUGUGGGUGUGGAGGAGAGUGCGAGUGUAGGCGAUGAGAGUGUGCUGCAGAUGGGCAGUCCUUCUUGUGACAGUGGUGCAGGCGGGAGCGCCCAGGACGCUCGGCUAUUAGUAGAACCCGAGCUAUUAAUAGAACCCGAGCUAUCAAUAGAACAACCCAACCGCAAGGCACCAGUGAAUGAAGCUGCGGUGCGGGAUUGGAUUGUGAUGGACACUUGGUUUGCGGAGGAGGCGGAUAGUUCGCCCAUGCCGAGUGCAAAG